AUGUGCUCUCUCCGAGCGGUGUCAGCGGCCACAGGCCGUGGUUCUACUGUUUCUGCUGAAGACUACAAGGUUAUUCUGCCUCAACUGCCAACUGGAAAUAUGUCCUUGAACACUGUUUUUCUGCAUUGUGAUGUGUCUGCCAGGCCAUAUCGAAUCAACGACUUCGAGGAAGAAUGUGAGCGACUACAAAUAGUGAAGGAUGUGGUGUCGAUAGGUGCCUACCAGAUGAAUCAUGUAUGGGCAUUGACGACACAUUCAAUGGCCGCGAAGGAAGUGCUCGUAGAAGCAAGGGAACUGCGCAUCAAAGGUAAAAGAUGCCUUGUCAUCGAUCCCAACGACAGUCAGGUGAGAGUCAAGCUUCAUUGGCUUCCUUACCAUAUCAGCGACGAUGCCAUACGAAAAGCACUGGAACCGUUUGGAAAAAUUGAGGAAGUGAGCAGGGAGACGUGGCUGACCGGGAAAUUCAAGGGAGCCCAAACCUCAUCAAGGUCGGUGAUAUUGAAACUGAAGCACGGAUUUACUGUCGAGAUGCUCCCGCAUCAGAUUCGUAUACAGGGCAGCAAUACUCUUGUAAUUGUGCCUGGAAGACCACCGCUGUGUCUAAGAUGCAAGAGAUCGGGCCAUAUAAGAAAGGAUUCUCGUAUUCCGCGGUGUUCUGAAUGCCGCAAGUUUGGCCAUGAAGCCGACGACUGCAGGAAAACAUACGCGACUAUGACACGGGAAGAUGGCGACAACGACGAUACAGAGGCGCUCAUGGACGAAGUCGGAAGCUGUAGAAACAUUGCAGCCUCGUAG